AUUUGACACUAGUGACAUUUCCAUAACCUCAAUUGUCACCAAAGAACACUUAUGUCAUUUUUGAAAUUUACGGACAACAAAAUUUCCUAAUUAUGUUAAUUUAAGUUUAAAAAGUUUAUCCACAAUGUUUUCCGUUAUACCAAAACCAUGUUUCCUGAGAACCACAAAGAACGCAAAAUAUCUAAACAUAUGCAAAUGUUUGUCAACAAGCGCAACUUUAAAUAAAUUAAGAGAUGAGAGCAGUGUAAUGAAUGUAUUUGAUAGAAGGACUAAAAGCUUGCAACGAGAAAGAGCAGCAGCUGCCUCUGAUGUUAAUGUUUACGACUAUCUAAAGAAUGAAAUUGGAUACCGUUUGGCUGACAGGGUGUAUGAUAUUAAAAGAAAAUUUAAUUUAGCUGCUGAUAUAGGAUGUAGCAGAGGGUAUGUUUCCAAACACAUUUCGCCUGAAUCUGUAAAUGAAUUGAUUUUAUGUGAUAUUAGUCAAACUAAUUUGGAUGGAGCUCCUGUAAUGGAUGGUAUUAAAGUUAAAAAACAUAUAUUGGAUGAGGAAAAUAUUAAGUUUGAUCCAGGUUCUUUAGAUCUGGUUAUAUCCUGUCUUAGUUUACAUUGGGUAAAUGAUUUACCUGGAGCAUUUAAAAGGAUUUUGCACAGUUUGAAAGAAGAUGGAGUAUUAUUAGCUGCAGUAUUUGGAGGUGACACCUUAUUUGAGCUAAGGUCUUCACUUCAACUAGCUGAAUUAGAAAGAAGAGGUGGUUUAUCACCUCACAUAUCACCAUUUACGGAAAUUCGUGAUAUAGGCAAUUUACUGACUAGAGCUGGAUUCACUAUGUUGACUAUUGAUUCUGAUGAAAUUGUUGUUAAUUAUCCUUCUAUGUUUGAGUUAAUGUGGGAUUUAAAAGGAAUGGCUGAAAGUAAUGCAGCUCUUAACAGAUCCCUUCACCUAAAUCGGGAAACCCAAUUUGCAGCUGCAGCUAUUUACCAACAACUUUAUGGCAAAACCGACCCAGAAUCUGGAAACACCACCAUACCUGCAACAUUUCAAAUAAUUAACAUGUUAGGUUGGAAACCACAUCCCAAACAACCCAAACCUCUAGAACGUGGGACAGGAGAAGUAUCCCUUAAAGAUUUGUACAAGUUGGAUGAAAUUAUUAAAGAAGUAAAAAAAGUUAAAAACGACGGCGAUCCAAGAUCCGUUGGGAGGGCACAUUCGACGCUCAGCGUUUCUGCGGUGGAUUAUUACUUAAAUUUACCCGUAACUUGCCCUCCUUCACCAGCAAUUUCCACUGUAACAUUAACUCCAGGCAGAAUUAGAAAUAUUGACCAAGACAUGGAGGCCUUAAGGGCAUCCAGGCAGGAUAAUCCAUUUAUUCAGCAAGUUAUAGCAAGUAGGGAAAGCCUAAUAGAUUCUUUGGAUGAAGAGUCUGACCAUGCAAAUUUAAUGUCCAAAGAGUUAUCAUUGGAUUUGGAAGUGGAUCCAAUGACAUUGCCUGAAAUGCACGAACACAUGAUAAGAAGCCCCCCACCAACUAAUUGGCCAAAAUCUCCAAAUUUCAAGGUCUUUCAAUUUCCCAAUGGGGAGGAUGAAACCUUACAGGUGGAAGUCAAUGUAAAUAACCUGAAUAUUAAACCACAUAAUCCUAUUAAAUGUAUGUAUUUAAAAAAAUUACAGACCAAGGAAAAAUUAAAAUCGGAAAUUAAACCCAAACAUAGUUGGGAUGGAAGUGACACCUCACCUUUAAAAUCGUUUUCCAAAUCUCACUAUCAUCAGGAAAGAUUUUCAUUGCUUACACCAAGUUCACUGAGGUCUUCUGCUGAAGACAGCAUCCGUUUAAUGGCUGAAGAUUAA